CCUCGACAUCGCACGCAUCCACCACCAUGGCUGAACAUCCUUCUUUCACUCUGGCUGCCCUCCUCCCGGUGGGCGGAAUCGCCGGAUACAUGCGGACGCGCUCAGCCCCCUCUCUCAUUGCCGGAGUUGGCCUGGGACUCUCCUACGCGUAUGCCGGGUAUCUGAUCAAGGAAAACAAGGACUACGGUACGGAGCUGGCCUUGGGCAAUAGUCUCGUCUUGCUCGUGUCCGGAGCCAUCCGGACCAUCAAGACCAAAGCUAGGGCUCCGAUCCCCUUGGCUCUGGGUGCCACGGGCUUGUUGGCAUCUUUCUACUACCAGAAGAAGGUUCGCGAGUUUAGAUUCGGGGUCUAAGAUUAGAAGUAGUCAUAGUGAUCAAUUGUAUUUUUAUUCUCCCCUCUUUA